UCCAUAAUUCCAUAUCCUACUCUAAGUUGGUAUUAUGUAGUAUUUGCCCUAUAAAUUCGAACUAAUUAAUAGCAUAAUUAUACAUACAUAACAAAUUGAGAUAUACAUCAGUCUAUUAAUUCUCUCAAUCCCUCGGUUUUUUCUUCGAUCACCAUCACCCUAUAUUUCUUUCCAGAUUCGGUUCUUGAAAUCUACAUAAUGGAGGUUGGAAAGAAUAUGAUAAUUUUUUUCAUGGUUCUUUUAAUGGUGCUUGGAAGUUCUGAUGCAAGAAGAUAUCCUGGAAGACAUACAAAAACUCAUGACAAUAAAGGAUCAAAAGAACAUCAUCACCAUCAUGAUAACAAAGGAUCCAAAGAACAUCACCAUCAUGACAAUAAAGGAUCAAAUGAGCAUCACCAUCAUGAUGAUAAAGGAUCAAAAGAGCAUCACAAUCACGACGAUAAAGGAUCAAACGAACAUAAAUCUGUUACUUUGAGCGUCGUCGAUAAUCAAUAUGCUAUUAUGGAUAAUGGAAUCGUCCAAGUUACAUUUUCAAUUCCAGGAGGUCAUGUGGUUGGAGUUGAGUAUGGUGGGAUGAAAAAUGUGCUUGACUCCUCUCACAAAGUGAGCAAUAGAGGGUACUGGGAUAUAUUUUGGACGACAAAAGAUACCGAAGGAGAGGAGUGGUUAAGUAUGGAAAAGUUCGAAGUGAUCAGGAAUGAUGGGGACCAAUUAGAGCUUUCUUUUUCAACACAAUGGAAUGGAGAUAAAAAUUUAAUUCCAGUUAAUUUAGAUAAAAGGUUUGUAAUGCUUCGGGGUUCAUCCGGAUUUUACAAUUAUCUUGUAAUUGAUCAUGAUGGAAGUUUUCCUGCAACCACUCUUUCUCAGAUAAGAGUAGCGUAUAGACUUCGAAAGGACAAGUUCCAUUAUAUGGUUAUUUCGGAUGAUAUUCAAAAGAUCAUGCCAAGAGAGGAAGAUUUUGCGAGAGGUCGUCCACUCGCGUAUAAAGAAGCGGUUCUAUGGACAAAUACUUCCGAUCCAACGUCAAAAACCGCGGUUGAGGACAAAUACAUGUACUCACAAGACAUGAAAGAUCAACAAGUACAUGGAUGGAUAUCUUCAGAUAAAUCCCCAAUUGGAUUUUGGCUAAUAAAAGCAAGUACGGAGUUUUAUUCAGCUGGUCCCUUUAAACAGGAGCUUACUUCUCAUGUUGGACCAGUGAGCCUUGUUGACUUUUUUAGUUCGCAUUAUGCCGGUAAAAAGUUGGUACUAUCAGUUGAGGAUGGAGAAGCUUGGCAGAAGGUUAUUGGUCCUUGUUUUGUUUACUUGAACAAAGCAUCUAAUUCUCAAGAUCCUUAUGGACAACUUUGGAACAAUGCAAAAGAUCAGUUGCAAAAAGAGAAUGACAAGUGGCCUUAUAAUUUUCCGUCGUCUAAGUUUUAUUUCAAAGCUAAUCAACGAGGAUCCGUUCAAGGCCAAUUAUUCAUCCGAGAUAGGUACAUAAAUAAUAAUUUGAUUCAUGCAAGUUCGGCUUGGGUCGGAUUGGCCGCACCCGGUGAGGAAGGUUCAUGGCAAACGGAGACUAAGGGAUAUCAAUUUUGGGUUAAGGCGGAUAAUGACGGAAAAUUUAUUAUCAAAGGCGUUCUCGAAGGAGAAUAUAAUCUCUAUGCAUGGGUCUCCGGAUUCUUAGGCGAGUUUAGACAUGAUACAAACAUCAUAGUUCGCCAAGGCGAACGAAUAAGUUUGAAUGAGAUUGUGUUUGAACCACCACGAAAUGGACCUACUCUUUGGGAAAUCGGAAUUCCUGAUCGUACUGCAGCUGAGUUUUUUGUACCUGACCCAAAACCAGGAUAUACAAAUCCCGCCCUCCUUAAUAACGACAAAAACAAGUAUAGACAAUAUGGUUUGUGGGAGAGAUACACCGAUCUUUAUCCUAACAAUGAUCUCGUCUACACGGUCGGUACAAGUGAUUAUACAAAGGAGUGGUUCUAUGCUCAUGUUCCAAGGGGAACGAAUGAUAGGGAAUUACAACCAACAACAUGGCAAGUCCGAUUCCCACUCCAAAAUGUGAAUCCAUUUCGAAGAUAUACAUUGAGAAUAGCAUUAGCUUCUACAAAUAAUGCUCAACUACAUAUUCGGUUCAAUAGAGAUCCUUCGUCUAGACCACAAUUUACGACGGGAAGAAGGAUGGGAUUUGAUAAUGCAAUUCCAAGACAUGGAAUUCAUGGCUUGUACUCUCAAUUCAGUUUUGAUGUGCCCGGCUCGUUUCUUCGUAAUGGAAUGAACACUCUUGAUCUCACACAACCAAUAUGUAGUAGUUUUUGGAGUGGUGUUAUGUAUGAUUAUUUACGUUUAGAAGGUCCUAUUUUUUAGUUUUUAGGGGUUUUUUUUUUUGACAUUCAGUUUUUAGGGUAGGUACGAGGUUUAGUGUUCAAAUGUAAUUAAUUUUUCACUUGAUAACAUUAUAUCAAUUCAUUGUAAAAUCUAACUCUCUAUACUAAUUCUAUUGAAAUCUAAUUAUUAUUAUUUU